CCUCCUAUCGUUGCCAUUUUCCAGGUGAACAUGGCAUAGUACAGGGGAAAAGUGUGACAGGUUGUCAGGGUUAAUAGAUGUUACUCGUUAAAAUGAAGGUGCCUGCGGAGGAAUUAAUGGGCGAUAUUUUGAAGCGUUUAACAGGCGAGUCUGUGCUGCCUGUGUACCGCAACAUUGAGAAGUUUAAACGAGCGAAGGAGGGUUUAUAUUUCGUCGCCGAAGACUUCACUGAAACUGUGAAAAAAAGAGAAAUGGUCAACGCUAAGGAACGACUGAGAAUCAGGAAUUUGAACACUAUGUUCUCCCGCUUGAAGCGUAUGGUGCCACUUAUGAGACCGGACCGGAAGCCCAGUAAAGUGGACACGCUCAAAGCUGCCACGGAAUACAUUCGAUUGCUUGUUGCAGUUUUGCAGGACAGUGACAGUCAUGAUGGCUGCAGGACUGAUUUCUUAAAGAAUGCAAUCACUUAUGGUCAGACUCAAGGCUUUGGCAGUGACCUAUGGAGGGUGGAUGAUCUGCUCAACAUGUCAGAUGAGCGCAUGGACGAUGGAUUCACUAUGCCGCCAGAACCCGUAACAGAGGAUGGAGAUAUAACCAAUCUGGUGUUGCAACAUUGUGUAAUGCCUGCAUACCAGUUCAUCAUCCAAGUAGCACCUGAUCAGACUUCGCAGCUGUCUCAACCCUGCUGAGCGGUGUUUGGAGCAGAUGGCUUGAACAAAUAUUGGAGACAUGCCAGGUUCGAUUUAUUUUAAAUACAUGAAUAUCUAAUCAGUGAAAAGAAGUACAUUUCCAGGUAAAGUCCAAGCAUGGCAAACGUUUUAAAAAGCUCCACACUGAAGGGUGUAAAUGACUUUGACAGAACAGGCAGGUAUAUCAGGGCUAUAAUUAUGUGAAUGUUAUAAUUAUUUUUCCUUGUAACUGUUAUUGUAAUGAAUUGUAUGCAAAAAGGGUAUUAGUCGUAAUAGUGGUACCAGACCCAAAUAUGAUCAUUAGUCCAAGAUUAUACUAGUGUAGCCCCCAAGUGGACUGAAAGAUCAUUGUCAUUUGUAAGAAAUUUUCAAUUGACAAUUUGUACAAAAAAAACUUCCAAAAAACAAGCACAGAUGUCAUUCUGACAUGCCACAACAGGGAAAGCAGGUGUAAAUGAUAACAUUAAUGUAGUAGAUUUCCAUGUUACUGCUUCAGUUCCAGAGUCCUGGUAUUUUACAUGUUGUCUCACUGUCAUAGUCAUAGCUUACAGGGGACACAUAAACAGACCAGGUUGUUAAUGUUAUUAGUAAGACCUGUGCUUUUCCUACUAUAAGUCAAAAUGUCUGGGGGAAAGGUCUGUUGCUUAAUGUGUGGGCUGUUUUAAUUCCAUUUUCAAACCAGACGAAACUAAUGUUAGUUUGUUAAUUGAUCUAUUUGUAAUUUAAUUGUAUUUAGUAGAAAUUUGGUUUAGUGUUAAAUCCUGGUAUCUCCCUGCUCUACACGUCACUACACUGGCGCUGUACUACCCGUCCCAGCAGAAAACGCUGACACAGGUGUUUCCAGUUAUUCUGGCUGAUCAGAUUUAAGUUCAAAUUAGUUGUGACUUGGAAGCUUUAUUGUUAAGUAAUAUGGAGCAGAGUGGAAAAGACCUUGUCAGAGUAAUUUCUCCCACUGAUUUGAUAUGCAUUGUUACACUGCCCUCCACUGGUUGAAUGUGUCAGAUCAGACACCGUUAGCUGUGAUCAGUAGUGUACCCUGUUGUACCUACAACCAGAACUUACAGACGUCAGGGCACUCAUCACACCACUGUUAACUGCGGGUACUGUUAGCAGUAUGCAGACGUUUGUGCACACCCAGGCAUAUUUAGUUGAUCUUUGAAGUGAAAAGAAGUAAAUAAAACUCCUACAGCAAAUGUAUUUGAAAGAAAUCUGACUUUUUUUCAAUUGUUCAUGCAAUGUAAGUUUUUUUUAUUUCAUGAACUUAAAAAAUGGGAUUGAAACAGUAAUGUGGUCCUGUUUUGUUUUCUUUUUUGCUGUUUUUUUUUUUUUUUUGCUUUAUUUUCAGUUCCUCCUCCAGUUGCUUAGAAGAGCUCAAGGAUUAAAUAGUCAGAGAAUUUAUUAGCUCUGGAAUACUAAUGAGUUCAUUAAGUUUUAAUUUUUCUUUAAUCUGAAGUUCAUAUGUACAGUAUAUCAGUAUCAGUUUAUCAGUUAUUUGUUGUAUGGGUUGUAUUUACCUCCUUUCACAUAAAAAAAUCAACAAAAUAUGUGAUUUGUCCACAGGGUGCAAACAAUGCACUACUCUUUUGUUCUGUUUGGGGAUUUUUGAGGGAAUUAUAUGGAGAAUAAAUUUCCCACUCAGAAUUAGGACUAAUUUAAAAAGGAUAAAAUGGUGAAGGGUAAAUACGGUAUAGGGCACUACAUAGUGAACUGAGUGAUUUCAGACACCGCCCAUGCCUUCAGAUAUGUCCUCCCUCUUCACAUCAAGGAUGACAUUUCUAUCAAUAAGUCAGUGAAUGUAGUCAUUGUGUUAAGAGAAAUUUGUUGGUGAAUAAACCUGUAAUCUUAAUAGAAGUAACUUUUGUUUUAUUUAUUUAGGGGCCUGUUGCAUUGAAGAAUGAAUCGUCUCUGAGAAAAAUCCUAUUUUAGUUGUCUUAUAUAAUUUUAUUUUUCAAAUGUAGAUUUUGUUUGAGUAUAUAUAAAUGUGUUUUUAUUUUCAUUUUACAAACUGUAUCCUUGGCAGCCCUUAAAUUUACAAGACACCUUCAAUUCCUGUAAAUUUUAUUUAAAAGUGUUUUAUGUUUUCUAAGUCUAAUAUGUACCUUCUGCAUUUAACCUCUGUUAAUUAUCAACUUGAUGAAGUGCUGAUUGAAGAUAGAAAUUUAUUCCAGAAGAAUCUGCCCAUAUAAUUAAAGUCUGUUU